AUGGUCCUCCGCGAAGACGCCGCCCGCACGACGUACACGCAAAAGGUCGACUUCGCCAAGCUGCGCUCCGAGCUGACGGCGGCCGACAGCACCGAGUCCAACACGACGCGCAUCGCGCACGAGCGCCUGACCAACGACAUUGCCAAGCUGAGCAGCCGGCUGCGCGACGAGAUCGGCCGCACCCAGGCCAGCGUGCGGCUGGACCUCAACCUGGAAAAGGGCCGCAUCCGCGAGGAGGCCGUCACCCAGGAGCUCAAGAUCAAGGAGACGGAGACCAAGAUUGAGCAGGAGGUGGCGGCGCUGCGGGAGAAGCUGGAGCAGGUCAAGUUCCAGACGCUGCAGUGGCUGAUGGGCGUGUGCACUGGUUUCGCGGCGCUGCUGCUCGGUGCUUGGAGACUGCUCAUGUGA